GACCGGAUGAACUAGGAAAUAUAUUAUAAAGAAAAAAAUUUUCUCCUGAUCGUAUUUUCUUUAAUAUGAUUCCAUCAUUAGAAUAUAUUUCAGGGGAAAAUACUUAGUUUUAAGAUAAUAAAACGGUAUCUGUGAUAAUAACAUUUAAUGAAGUUUCCCUCAAAAUCCAUACUGCAACCGGAAAUACACUAUGCUAAUGGCGACGGCAUGUCUGCGGAUACUACAUGUAACCGACUCUCUCUGAUAAAUUCUCGAUUAAAGUUUAUAACUGUUCACUGCAGUUAGCCCUCACUAAAGAUGGAUUAUCCAGUGCUUUCCAAUGGCAACAACAACAGCAGCAGCAGCAGCAACAACAACAACACAUCAUCAGGACUCAAUUCCAUAUACAAAGGCAAAUCUGUGAACCAACGACUAAGGGAAUUGUAUCAAGAAGAACGUAUCAGACAACCCGAAGAUCAUCCACUUUGCUAUGCAACUCACUUACUUCCCAAGUUGGUCAAAAGGGACCGGCUUAACUGCUUGGUAUUAAAUCUCUAUCCUGCCAAUGAGGGUUAUACCCUUAUGCUAAAAGGUCGAAAUGGUAUUGAUUCUGAGACUAUCAAGCUACCAUAUGAAGAGUCUGAGUUAUUAGGAUAUAUUGAUGCUUCUGAGUUGCCUCCUUUACUUGUAGACAUCCUUGAAAAAGCUCAAGUGAAUGUUUUUUAUAGUGGCUGUGUAAUUGUUGAAGUUCGAGAUUACAGACGUUCUACUGAUGGGUGUUACGAUAGUGAAUAUAUUAUGUUGAAACCUACUAUGCAGUCGCUAUUGUGUGACAUCAACAGUAUGAUCAAUGAUGGACACCGUUGGACUCAAGAAGACAUUUUUCAGCUGGAGAGCCAACUUCUGCUGGCAACUCAGGAACCCUUAUGUCUUGACCCGAAUCCUUCUGUCUUCUUUGCCACCAACCAUCAACAAUAUGAAAGUAAAAUAUUCAAUAACCCCAAUCUGAAAAGGUCAGUGCAAAAGCACUCACAGGUGGCCUUGAACCGAAAGAGGAAAUUUGCACAGGCACCAGCACCGAAAGAACUGCGAUUGUUAGACUUCAUCAACAAAAAAAGAUCCAAGAAAGGAAACACAAAUCCGACUAUGAAGCCAAUCCCAGAUCCUCGGAAUUAUCGAACAUUGCAGUUAUCUCCACCACAGUCACUUGAUGUGGAGAAGUAUGUUCAAGGAGUUGAAAAGAACUCUGAAAAGAAAUGCACUGAUAACAAUCUUACAUUUGUGGAGGAGCAUGUUCUUGAAGCUGAUAAUGCUGGAACACAAUCAGUUAUUGCUCGUAUCACAUUCUUACAAAGACCAAGUGAUGAAUUUUACUUUGGAGAACAUGUAGAAGGAAGUGGUCCAGGAGAGAAGAAAUGCAGAUUUUCCCUUGGCACAAGAGAAGAUGUCGACAAGUAUUUCAAGCAAUUUAAGAAGAUCUUUAUGAACGAGAAGCAUGACACCCCCAGCAACAUUAAGAUUACAACCAGUCAACCUGGUCACUCACCUAAGGUUACAUACCUUCAGCCUUCUUCAAGCAACAAUGUUAUGUCCACAGUUGCAAUGGCAGUUAGCCAGGACUUAAGCAAUGGUGUUUCAACAUCUCGAAAGACACAUCCCCAACAUUUGUCUGUGUCUGUAACAAUGGCAACUAAUAGUUUGCAACAAAACACAAUAAGCCCAAGCACAACAGCUGUUAGUCCUGGUAUUGGAUCUAGUACUCUUUCAUCCACACAACACUCAGCUUCAUCGCAAGUUCAAUCCCACAGUAAUCAGCCACAAAAGAUACGGCAACAUCAGUCAAGUAACCCACCAUCGAACCAAUCUGCUGGUCAGAGCAGCCAAAAGACUCCGACCCCAACGCCGACGCCCCCACCAACACCCACACCUCCACCUCUGAACCAAAUUCGACGCUCAAGUUCAACAGCCGAUUCAGUUGCAGUAGUACCUCAGAAUCAACUUCAGCAACAAGCGAACCCAAAUGCAACCGCCUUUAUCACCAGUUUUGCAGGUGGGGACAACCCAUCAUCAGCUACAGUUGGUCAAGCUGUAGCUGCUGCUGCAGCUGGCCUUACCUCUGGCAUUAACAUUGCUAAUCUAGCCAGCCUCCCGUCCAAUCUGAACAUCCAGAAUCUAGCAACAGCUGGCCUGUCUGGCAUGAACAUUGCCAAUCUACAGAGUCUCCAAAACAUGCAGGUCUCCUUAGCUAGUGGCAUUGUACCCAUUACUAUGAUCAAUAACAACACUGGUUUGUUACAGAAUCAGUCAGCUUCCACCCUGUCCCAACCAGCACUUGUUACUAUGGUCACCUCACUCCCUCAGACAACAUCAACCCCGUCUACUGUCAACAGCCAUCCUGCCAAUUCUCAGGUCGCCAUGACCACAGGAAUGAUAACAAAUUCGGGUUCUGUACUUCUUCCACCAAUUGGACUCACCCAGUUAAUGAAAGGAACUGCUCAAAACUUGAGAGCACCAUCAAUGUCAGUGAUGCAGUUACAAAACCAACAACAGUUCCAGCUUCUAAAUCUCUCACAACAAAGGGGCUCACUUCCUGCAGCAUUGCAAGCAACUCAACCCCAGACAACAACUGUCACCACACCCACUCAAAACAACAAUCGCACUUCUGCCAGUACAGGAACUACCAUUUCAGUGAAUUCUCCUGGUCUGCUGGCUACUAAUGCCAAUCUCACUGCUCAGCCAAUUGCUGGUUUCACUCCAGUCACUGUUCAGACUGCAAAAACCGGACAACUGCAAGCAGCUAGUGGCAAUGCAGCUGCUGGUUCCAGCCAAACUGCCAUAACUCAACAGUCCAACAGUCAACAGCUGCAGUUUCAUCAACUGCAGUACAAGCAUCCCCAGUCAACCUCCUCUUCAUCACAACAGUCAAGCUCCGGUUCCAGCAAAUCAAAGAGCAAGAAACGAGCAACACCAACACCACCAAAAUCUUGACUCCCUAAUCUCAAACAGCUGGCUGUAGCAAAAACAUAUCUCUUGUCAGUGUCAGGUGUUGAUCUAGCAUAUCUCCUCUUCCCAUUCUUCCAUCCAUUCCCAAUCAAGACUUAUUAAUCAUCAAUCACCACCACUUUCAUCAUCAUCAUCAUCAUCAUUAUCACCAUCAUCAGUAUCGUCAUCAUUGUUAUCAUUACAUUGAACAAUACAGAAAUAAUAAAAAGAAAAAAAAAAGAAACACAUGACACAAAUGAACAAAACAAAAACAUUGAUGUUGUUUUAUGUGAAUGAAUUUGAUAGACUGAGUUCUUCCUUGCUAAGAUCUCAUACAACUGCUUGGUUCUAUACAACGGCCUUAUUGUUGCUGAAGAGACUGUCUGUCUGUGAUCUGCAGCCAGUAAACAUUAGAUUUAUGUCUGUGUGUGUGGUUGUAUGUAUUCAUAUGUUCAAGUGUGUGUGUGUAUAUGUUUGUAUGUGUUUCAAUUCUUGUUUUGUGUUUCAAACCUGUGAGAAUCUGAAUCAAAGAACAUUGUUGAAACUGGUGAACUUUUUACUUCGCUGCCAAUGUUUGAUUUUUUCUUCUUUAAACCUCAUGAUAUUUGUUUUUUUUUUCCUUUCUAACUCUUUAAUGACCUUUCAAUCAAUAUUGGAGUGGAGGAGGAAGGUGAUUUUGAGAUUUUAAAAAUUUAAUCAUUAUAAGUGUGUGUGUGUGUAUGUAUGUAUGUAUGCAUGUAUGUUAAUGUGUGUAUGUGUAAUUUGCUCAAAACUGAAAGCAUGCGAGAGAGAAGGGCAAUAGAGGGAAAUAUAUAAUUAUAUUUAUGUGUGAGAAAAAUGAGAUCAGAAAAAAAUUGUUUUAUAAAUUAGAACCUCUCUA